UUAUAAGAAAUUUUAAUUGAUCCAGAGGUGUAAGGGCGAGAGAGAAUUUUCUUUGUUUCUUUUCCAUAUAUUUUGUUUUUUAGUUCCAAAUUAAUAAUUAAUUAGGUAAACAGAGGGUUUUCUGAGAAAUGACAUUACCAGGAAAGCCCCAACCGUUGAAUUUCAGGUCUUCCUCCUCCAAAUUUCACUACAAAUCUGAAUCCAUAUUAUUUUUCUUUUCAUGCAUUGCUAUACAGAUAUUUUCAUACAUUUUCGAUCGAUAUCGGAUCAUACAAAGGCAAAUCCAAGAACCCUAACCCUAGCCUCGUCCCCCUUUUCCCCUCUGCAACAAUCAGAAUUUGAUCGGAAAAAUCAGGUAAAAGUUAGGGUUUUGUACAUUUUUCAAUCCUUUGCAGUCGGUAAAUUCUCUGUGCAAUUAAAGAUUCAAUCUUUAUGGACCCACCAUUUUUCUCUGUACUUACAUUCACUGUAUAAUCUGAGCAUUUCUGUAUAGAAUUUUUGUGUAUGAGAAUUGCAGUAUAUUGGGAUCAAAUACAAAAAUGCAAUCCAAAACCCUAACCCUAGCUCCAGCUCUCAAUUUUUUUCCAAAUCUCAAACCCCCACACAAAACCCUAGCUUUCCACCAAAUUUCAGCCCUAACCAUCACCUUCCUCGCCUAUGCUUCCUUCCAUGCCUCCAGAAAGCCCCCAAGCAUUGUCAAGAGCGUGCUUGGGCCCACAUUUCAGGCCAAUUCGAGCUCCGUCGACACGGGGUGGGCUCCCUUUGAUGGUCCCCGGGGCACCCACCGGCUAGGAGAGCUUGAUCUGGCGUUUCUUUCCGCGUAUUCGAUCGGAAUGUACUUUGCAGGGCAUGUCGGUGAUCGGAUUGAUUUGAGGCUGUUUCUUGUAUUUGGGAUGAUGUGUAGUGGCAUUUUAACAAUAUUUUUCGGGUUAGGAUAUUGGUUUGAUGUUCAUGUAUUGGGGUACUUUAUGGUGGUUCAAGUUCUUUGUGGAUUGGUUCAGUCGAUUGGGUGGCCUUGUGUGGUGGCUAUUGUGGGAAACUGGUUUGAGAAAGGGAAGAGGGGGUUGAUCAUGGGGGUCUGGAGCUCACAUACCUCGGUUGGAAACAUCAUUGGGUCGGUUGUGGCAUCAGGGGUUUUGGAAUUCGGAUGGGGUUGGUCCUUUGUGGUGCCCGGGGUCUUGGUGAUUUUGGUUGGGAUUGUGGUGUUUCUGUUUCUCCCCGUGUGUCCAGAAGACUUGGGGUUUGAGUCUCCAGUGAAGGAGAUUCAGAUGAAUGUGGAAAUUAAUGGCGUGAAGAAUUUGGAGGGGAAAGUAGAAUCAGAGGAAGCAGGGCUUCUUGGAACAGAGCAUGCAGAUGCCGAUGCCGAUGCAGACACAGGUUCUUUGGCUGCAAUUGGGUUUCUGGAGGCAUGGAGGUUACCGGGUGUGGCGCCAUUUGCUUUCUGCCUCUUCUUUUCGAAGCUUGUGUCGUACACUUUUCUGUACUGGUUGCCCUUUUACAUAAGGCACACAGCUGUUGCCGGCGUGCAUUUGUCACACAAAACUGCCGGGAACCUUUCAGCCAUAUUCGAUGUUGGAGGUGUCCUUGGCGGAAUUUUAGCAGGAUUAAUAUCUGAUAUGAUAGAAGCUCGAGCUGUAACCUCAAUCGCAUUUUUGUUACUUUCCAUUCCCGCCCUUGUUCUCUACCGGCUUUAUGGCAGCCUAUCGAUGGUUGCCAACAUUGUCUUGAUGUUUCUUUCUGGAUUGCUGGUGAAUGGCCCGUACUCACUCAUCACAACAGCCGUUGCAGCUGAUCUUGGUACGCAAACCACAAUCAAAGGAAAUUCCAGAGCAUUAGCUACUGUAACGGCAAUCAUAGACGGAACAGGUUCGGUUGGGGCAGCUCUUGGCCCGCUUUUGGCGGGGUAUAUCUCCACGAAGGGGUGGAACAACGUGUUUGUUAUGCUAAUUCUUGCUAUUUUCUGUGCAACUUUGUUUUUGAUUCGGAUUGCGAGAACCGAGAUUAAAGGGAAAUUGAAUGAGGGAAAAUGGUAUUUGUAUAACGGCAUAGAAGGCAGUCAAUGACUGAGAUUUUAGGCAGAUCCAUUUCCGUAUUUGACGUGCUCUUCGAAUGUAGAUGGAGGAAUUCAGCUGCAGAAAAAUUUAGAUUAUAGCGCGAUAUUGGGAUCAAACAGUGCCGUCAACCACAGGGAGGUUCCGAUUGCUUGGAUGGUGAGGUGAGAGAAAUCGGAAUCUCUCUGUGAUGACGGUAAAGAUAAGUUAAUGAAAAGGGUGGAGAUUGAGAGUAACUGUUCGAAUGUAAAACAAGGGGACAGAGAAGAGAGAGAACUGUUGGAAGCAUUGAAAGAUGUCGAAGACUACUUCCGGGCGGUCGUAUGAUUCUGGUUUGCAUGUUUCGAGGAUGUUAGAGACCGACAUGGCUCAGAAGAAAUCUGCCUCGCUUGCAAUCUGUCGACAUGUUCAGCUAGCCUAGAUAAGCUGCCAUAUCAAGCAAUGACUUGCGCCUUGAAAAGCUUCGCGAAAGAUGUCCGGGCCCUGAGGGAUCAACAACGCAAGGAGCGCCAACAAAAGAGGGAGGUUGACAAGCUUGCCAGAAGACUCGGGAGGAGGAUUUUGUGGAAGAAACAGACCGAAAGAAACAGAUACGGAUCGAGAAUACUAGUACGCAGAAGAUGCGUAAUCGCUGUGAACGGAUUUCAGAUGCGGCCUUCUAAAGUUUUCAGCUCCAUGGUUGAGUUUUUCGACUCCAUGGCCGAGUUGUUUUCAGAGGCUGCUACAAAAAGGUCUGGUCGUCCAAGCAAAAAUGCAAGCAGGACUUGUGAGAAAGCGAACGACAUAUGAAAGAAUAAGAAUUAUGUGCACAUGCCUUAAUCAUCUAAGGUACAAUAACGGACAAUCUCCCCGUAUAUCCGACCAGCCUGAUUACCUCAGAUAUACAACGCGAAGCCUUCUAAUUCUUUUGUCUGCCAAUACGGUACAAGUAUUUAUUCCAAAA